AUGUCGAUGAUGACGAUGACGAGCUCGUCUUCUCCACACGCAGGCCACGCACCGUGGCGCACGGCCGCCUUCGAGGUCCGAGGGCUCCGCAGCUCCAGGCACUCACCGCAGCCAAGAAGCCGGCGUUGCUACACCACUACCGCCACCGCAGCAUCGACGCCGGCGAGUGCAGCGGCAGCGGGCGGGUCAGCAUCCACGCGCCCGCAAACGACACGGCGUCGCCACGUGAUGGACCUUGGCAGCAAGCUUUCGGUGGGGCUCCCUGGCCCGGGCCCCUCACCCACGCCGUCUUCGCCGAGGCACCAUCGUGGCAGCCGCCGGCACCAUGGCCGCACAACGAGCAAGGGCAACGCAGCGGACGGCGCCGUGCACGUGCAGUCGCGGGAAGCGCUGAAGCAGCCGCCUCCGUCUCUGAGGCACCCGCGACAAGCGACCCCGACGUCGCUGCUGCCCCGCCAGCAGCAUGCUACCCCAGUAGAGCGGGAAGGCGAUGAGGCCGGCCUUCUGCGCAUCCCUCGCACGGCGGCCGAGGCGGUGGCGCUGCUGGAGUGCGCGACGGUGUUGGAGGCGCUCGAGCCCUCCUCUUCGGCGCACUUGCCGCCAUGCUCCGCGGCACCGGCCUCGAAGUCGGCAGGUGCCGCACCGAGCGACGUGCGCGCCAACUUUGAAGAGCUGGGAACGCGAGCGCUGCCGCUUCUCUUCCACUUCGCACAGGUUGCCGCCACGUCGUCGGCUCCGUUAGCCGGCGACGCAGCAGCGUCCGUCACGGACGCGAAGCUGGCAGCGGCGCUGCAGUGCUUGGCGGCCCAUCUGCAGUACAUGGCAGCGGCCACACGCACCGAUGGGCUGCGGCACGUAUCGGCGCUGCCGCCAGCGGUGGUGGUGGCGCUGUGGGAGCAGGUGAUGCCGUCUGUGCACCAACGCUUUUGCAAAGCGAAGGCACCACCACCACUACCGCCGCGACAAGGGAAUCUCGCGGAGCUGGUGGAGGUGGAGGAAGGCGGCGACGGCACGGGCGCAACGACUGAGCUGCGGAAUGCCGCGGACGCUCUUGCAUCCUCGACAAGGGUGGCAGCGACUCGCCCCGCUCCCACGGCUUCGAUGAAGAAAUCUGUGUACGUGCCGCUCCGCCGCGCUCUUGCCCUGCACACGCGGCAAAUCGCGUCGCUGCUGCCGCCGCCCGCCCUCGCCCUCGUCCUCACACGCAUGUACCAGUGCGGCGCGCUUGCCGAUGACGUUCUUGGCCCAAUCGCCGCCGACUACCUCGAGGUGCUGCGGAGGAGUGGCCCGGGUCAGACGACAAGCGGCGGCGACUUGAUCGCGGUGCUGCGGCAGCGUGUCCUCCGACUGCCCAACGGCGUCGGCAGCGGCGACGGCGACGGCCUAGACGCGGCCCCACCGGCUGCCGCCUUCACUGGAGCUGCGGCCGUGACAAUGGCACGCCUGCUGGGCCGCGCCGCGAUACCCGGUCACCACCAACUCCACCGGAUCUUUCACCUUGCGUUGCUGCCCGAGGUCACCCGAGUUCUAGGGCGCGCGGCAGAGCGGGCCACUCAGGGAGUUGCUGACGAAGCCACAGGUGAAGCUGUCGAGGCGCUGCCUGGCGCGACCGUGCUGCUGGACUUGACAGCGGCCCUACGCCACUACGCCGUCUCUGGACACGCUGUGACGCACCUGACGACUCUCUGGACGGCGUACUUUGCGCAUCGUCCCCGCACGGACGACGCCGCGGCCGCCCUGGCGGACUGCACGGCGUUGCUGCGAGCUCUGUCAAGCGUGCCAUCCGCGUCCAGCCGCACGCAGCGGCGACAAGCGCGCAACAUCUGUGCCGAUGGCAGCCACGGUGGGUUGAAUGCCACACAGCAGCGGAACCAGCUGCUGAAGGUGACGGAUGGAGACUACUACCCCUUAGUGGACGUCGUGUGCGCGCAGGUGUGCCGCUUGUGCAACCAUCUGCUGAGCCCUGCCGCCACCAACGACGUGGCGACGGUGGCCCCGACGCAGCUGCUUGCGCUGCUGUGUCUGUUGUUGCGUGUGAGCAGCCCGCACUGGGCCGAGACUUACGAGAUGCUCGCCAGCGCCGUUCUCGCCGCACUCGCCUACACGGCAGCUUCCCUUGCCGCCUUAGCCCCGUCACGGCCGGAAGAUGAUGAGCUGGAGCGCUUGCUUCCUCUGGCGGCGGCACGGCGCACGCUGCACGCGCUGCUGCACCGCAACUCGCUCAUCCCUGAUCAUCCGCUCCAUCGUGUACUGCUGCGGCGCGUUCUGCACUCGCCGGCCGCGAUGACGGACACCGCGGUGGCGUCGCAGGUGCUGUUGGGGCUGGAGUUGAUGGUCCCCGAGGAGGAGGGCAGCGCACGCACCAAUGGAGCCUCGGCGGCCACCGCGAUGCCCGCGGCUGCGGAGGGCAUCAGCCGCAGCAACAAAGCUGUUGCUGCGACCACCGCCACCAGUGCGUCCGCUGGGCCGACGGUGGCGCUGGUAGCCACCGCGACUGGCACGGCAGCCCAGACGUUGAUGUCCACGGUCGCCAUCACCCCUGAUGACCGCCACCGCGCCCUGCAGGUGUUUCGUCGGCUCGGCCGCUCCGUCACGCCCACCGCCUUCGUGGCGGGGCUGUGCGUCGUCGCGCUUGACACGCUCCCCCGCACCGCGCAGGUGGCCGUCGUGAACCACCUCACGUCCGUCGCCUCCGCCGUGUCCCCGUCGUACUUGGUCAAGGGCAUGGACGCGGUGGUCCGUCAGCUGCCCACGUCCGCCAUCGACGAUGUGUCGGUGCAGCAUUGGUUUUCCCGCUUCACUGCCCGGGACGUUGUGCGACGCGUCGACCCUGUCGGCUGUGCCGUGCUGCUGGACAUGCUGUCGGCGAACCCACGGUACCAGCGCAACUGCGCGCUGGCGAAGGAGUGCAUUACCCGUCGCAUUGGUGUGGCGCUGCGGCAGACGGGGGAGGACGGAGUCGGCAACGACGCGGCGAGCGCCGUGUCUCUCGACGCGCUCCCGCGCGUUGUGGCGGCCCUGCAGCGCGCGAACGUCUUUCUGCCGCAGUACUACUCGCGUGUCUGUCGGCUGCUGCUUGGUCAGGUGGAGCAAGCGCCCCUUGGCGAGGUGCUGCAGCCGUUCGCGGUCGUCGCUGAGGCGUACAUGAGCCGCCAGCGCAGCGAGGCGCAGGCGAGUGUCUUCAAGGAUGUGUGGGAGCUCUUGCGUGGUCGUGUAAUGGAAGAAGCGGGUCGACUGACGUUGCACGAGACACUCAUGGCCAUCAACGGGUUUGCGGCGCUCGAUGUGACGGACCACGCGCUUUUCGGGGUCCUCGUCUACCAGCUUUGGGUGUGCCUGUGCACAGCGGAGGCGCAGGUGGCCGGCGUACCGGCGAUGCGUCCGGCGCACUCUGUGCAGCAGCCAAGGGAGAACGGCGAAGCUGCCGAGGCGGCGGCUGCCACGACUGACGACAAGGACGAGGCCGCGGAGGCGAAAGUGUACAGGCGUGUGCAGGCUGCCCAGCACGUGCUGCGUACCCUGACGCCGAGCGCAGUGGCGGUUGUGACAGUCACGCUCCUGGCGAGGAGCGACGUCCGUGCAUCUUACGCGGCACAAGCACGUGCGGCGGCGGCGGUGGGCGUGGUAAGGAAAGACGAGGAUGAGGACGACAACGCUGUCCGCACACUGCUCCCAUGGAUGCUUCUCGGCCUCCGGGACUGCCGCGAGGAGCUCUACCCGGUGGACGUGGUGCACUUGAUGCCAUCGCUCCUGGAGCACUACGCAGCCGCAGCCACAGUCGAAGAUGCCAGUGCCCCAGCAACCGCCUACACGGACCGGUACGCAGCGCUGCUGCACAACGCCUACGAUGCCUGCCGGAGCACGUUCCUUCUCAUGUACGCCCUCUUGCCGGACGCCGUCGCCGCAGCAGAGGAGCCGCUGCUGCCUCUGGCGGAGCAGCAGCGCAUUGCGGAGCAACGCUCCCAGUGGACACCCGCGACGAAGCUGUCCGUCGAGGUGGUGCCUCGCCCGUGGUUCGCCACCUUACUCGUCAGCCUCAGCAGUGCAGCCCUCGUCGACGUGGCCGUGGCGCUAGCGUGCGUGCGGCGUGCGUGUACACGCCGCGUCUGCAGUGACCUUCUGCCCAUCUCCCAGCUCAUUGACGUCUGCUUGAGCCUGUGCUGGCUGACCACCUCGACGGGUCUCCGCACAACCACCAAGAGCCCCAGUGCCACGGCGCACAGGAGCGCCGAUGAUGCGCAGGCUCCCGCCACGCCACCGGUGACGCGUCAGGACGAGCUCUCCUCCCCGCUGCCCGCACCUGGUGAUGUUCUCCGCACUGCCAUGGCCACGGUACUCUCCGCGCUGUGGAAGCGCAGCGACGAGCUCACAAGCGCGCAGAUCGGUGCGCUACUUCGCUGUUUGCGCGACACGUACGGCGCCGACACGGUGGACGCCGACUUUGUGGAGCGACUGGAGGCGCAGAAGGCGUUGCUGCUCUCUCAGAGGCAGCAGAAGAGGCCGGCAGCCGCAGCGGCGGGCCCGGUCAGCGCGACCGAGGCGGCGAACGGCGGCAGUGACGGCGCUAGCACCGCGGCCCCACCACAGCAGCAGAGACCGAAACCCCUCCCUCGAAUGGACCCGGAAGACCUCUUCCGCACGACGUAA